AUUUACUUUAUUUUACUUUAUUUCAAAUACUCUGGUCUAGUUCGUUAUUAGACUCUAUUCAAGGAAAUGUAGCACAGAAAGCCACGACCUCAAAGUUUCGGGUUCCCUCGGUGCUCUGCCUUCGGAUAAAAGCGGUGACGAAUCCUCCCUAAUCAUGUGAUAAGGAUCAAACAGUUUCAUUGACAUCAGCGGUGGGGGUGCGUGCAUGUGAAUGACAUCAGCAGUUUGUGCGUCGCUGCAAGUGUUUGUUUGCGUGUAAACAAGCUGAGGUCGGAAUAGAAAAGUCUAGAAGUGCGGCUAAAAAAAAACAAUACACAUUUUAUUAUUUAAAUAUCCGCAGAUAUUUGUUUAGCAGGUGGCAGUCCUGCGAAAUGAUAAGCGAGUUAACGAUAAGGGAGUAAGCGCUGGGCUGUUUGAAGGGCGCUCUGUAGAAAGAGUACGAGGGUAUUCCCGUUUGGUUUCGGUUCGUUUCGGCCACGCUAGACCAGGCAGCGCUGUUGGAAACUCCCUGGAUGUGUACGGGCCUAGUUCAACAGGGACCACAGCCCCAGCCCUGUUACCAAGCUGGCAGGAGCACGACGUUUUUGAAAAUGGAAUCUGAAGUGAAGGACGGAGAGGAGGAGAGUCUGCAGACUGCCUUCAAGAAGUUGAGAGUGGACGCUGAAGGGUCUACCGCAGCAGUUAGAGUCUGUGAGUCAGCAAGUCAGAGAACAUCAGCUCGGGCGAAUGCAGAAGGAGCCAAACCGAAGGCGGUGUGUUCAAAAGAGAACUGGCACGGAUGUGCAAGGAAGACAUCAAGGGGAGCUGUUCGAAGCCAGCGCAGACGACGCUCAAAAUCUCCCAUCCUUCACCCUCCGAAAUUCACCUACUGCAGUUCCAAAAUGUCCCCACCUACCUGCCAGCUCAAACACAAAAGCCAGCCUGACCCUAACCAAGGAUGCGUUUCCCUCAGAGCUCCUGCUAAAAAGGAGCUUUUAUCUACAGGGAAAUCCUCCCCAGUAUUCGGUGCCACCGCUUACACACCGUACAAUCUUCAGCCUGGGGGAGCUGCGGCUCCUGGAGAAAUUGUCAAAUCCACAUCCACCUCCUCCGAAGACGAUGAAGACGAAGGAACUCCGAAACAAUCCACGCCGGGGAGCAGCCACCAGAAGGUCCGCUCUGAAAGUAAGCUCACUUCUAACUCCCCGUCUGACUUCCAGUCUCUGUCCAAGCUCAGCGAGGACAAGGACUGCUCCUGUCCCCAGAAAGAGUGCCAGUGCAAAAACUGGCAAGGCGUGGAGGUGUACUCCUUCACCGGCCUUCGAGACGUCAUUUCUGAAUGCGAGAGAAACAUGGCAGCAGAGAGCGUUUCUCAUAGUCCAUCGCAAAGGAGAACUCGGAGCAGUACUGCAACGUCAGGGUCCCCGCGCUCCUGUUCAGAGCAAGCCAGGGCCUACGUGGACGACAUAACAAUUGAGGACCUUUCAGGUUAUAUGGAAUACUACCUGUAUAUCCCUAAGAAAAUGUCGCACAUGGCAGAAAUGAUGUACACUUAGAAUGGGGCUGGUUUGUGUGUGGGUUUUUUUUUUGUUUUUUUAAUGGUUAAGCAUGAUAGUGUAAAAACAAGGCAACUAGAAGUUUACCUUUGUCAUGCUGUUCUGAUCAAGCUGCUUGUAAUAAGCACUUCUCUCUUUUUUGUAUCCUGUAUUCUCAAUCCCAGAUGACACACAGAGUGACAAGAUAGGUUUCAGUGAAUCUAAGUUUUUUAUUGAUCCAUUGUUGCAAUGAUAGUUUACAUGAUAAAGUUGCCAAAGUCCUCCCAGAGUAUUACAGAUAUGAUUUUUUUUUUAUUCCUGUAUUUAAAGCCAACAUCAGAACGAUGUUCCUGAUGCCAAGGACAUAGGGUUUCUGUGUGGGAGCUUCAAUUUCACUGUGUUGAUAAUACAUUGUUGACGUUGCAUCUGCAUAAUAUAACACUCAUCGUUCUGACAUGAUAGCUUUUUUUUUGGGGGGGGGGGGUAUGUGUUUAAAUAGUGAUUUUCAUAGCCUCAGCAUUAUGAGAUCCUGUUUAGAAUAUUUUUUAUAAUGUGUUUUGUUUGUUUGUUUGUUUGUUUUUUACAUCAGAUUCAUGAGAUUGUGUGGGCUUAGGCAAAAAAAAAAAAAAACUAAAAAAAAAUACACAGUACAUGUGCAUUGUUUAAUCAGAUUUUUAUUUACACCCAGAUUGAUUUGGUAAUGCUGUUUUUUUACCUAGUCUGUCAAUAGGUAAAUAUUAUUUAAUGCUGUGUCAACACAAUUGUCUUAACAAUUAGCAUGUUGUGUUUUUUGGUUUUUUUUUUUUUCAAUGAACUGUUGAAGUUGUCCAAUCUGCUGAACUAAUUGCCUUUCGGGAAAUACCUUGACUUUUUUGUUGUCGUUGUUGCAAUUCCAUUAAAUCUGUAAUUUAAAUCAA